CCCGAGUUCCGCGCGGGCCGGGCUGGGGCGGGGCGUCGAGCCAGCUGAGCUAUCCGGUCAGACCGCGCCAGUUUGAAUGAAAGCUCCUCAAGAUGGCGGCGGCCGGGGCCGAGGCGCGAGGAGCUUGGUGUGUGCCUUGCCUAGUUUCACUUGAUACUCUUCAGGAAUUAUGUAGAAAAGAAAAGCUCACAUGUAAAUCGAUUGGAAUCACCAAAAGGAAUCUAAACAAUUAUGAGGUGGAAUACUUGUGUGACUACAAGGUAGUAAAGGAUAUGGAAUAUUAUCUUGUAAAAUGGAAAGGAUGGCCAGAUUCUACAAAUACUUGGGAACCUUUGCAAAAUCUCAAGUGCCCAUUACUGCUUCAGCAGUUCUCUAAUGACAAGCAUAAUUAUUUAUCUCAGGUAAAGAAAGGCAAAGCAAUAACUCUAAAAGAAAAUCACAGAGCUUUGAAACCUGCCAUUGCUGAAUACAUUGUAAAGAAGGCUAAACAAAGGAUAGCUCUGCAGAGAUGGCAGGACGAACUCAACAGAAGGAAGAAUCACAAAGGAAUGAUUUUUGUUGAAAAUACUGUGGACUUAGAGGGCCCCCCUUCAGACUUCUACUACAUUAAUGAAUACAAACCAGCUCCUGGAAUCAGCUUAGUAAAUGAAGCCACCUUUGGUUGUUCAUGCACAGAUUGCUUCUUUGAGAAAUGUUGUCCUGCUGAAGCUGGAGUUCUUUUGGCUUAUAAUAAAAAUCAACAAAUUAAAAUCCCACCUGGCACCCCCAUUUACGAAUGCAACUCAAGGUGUCAGUGUGGACCCGAUUGUCCCAACAGGAUUGUCCAAAAAGGCACGCAGUAUUCACUUUGCAUCUUUCGGACCAGCAAUGGCUGCGGCUGGGGCGUAAAGACCCUUGUGAAGAUUAGGAGAAGGAGCUUUGUCAUGGAGUAUGUCGGAGAGGUAAUCACAAGUGAAGAAGCUGAAAGACGGGGGCAGUUAUAUGACAACAAAGGAAUCACAUAUCUCUUUGAUCUGGAUUAUGAAUCUGAUGAAUUCACAGUGGAUGCAGCUCGAUAUGGAAAUGUGUCUCAUUUUGUGAAUCACAGUUGUGACCCGAAUCUUCAGGUGUUCAACGUUUUCAUUGAUAACCUCGACACCCGUCUUCCCCGAAUAGCAUUAUUUUCCACGAGAACUAUAAAUGCUGGAGAAGAGCUCACUUUUGAUUAUCAAAUGAAAGGUUCUGGAGAUAUAUCUUCAGAUUCUAUUGACCACAGCCCAGCCAAAAAGAGGGCCAGAACUGUGUGCAAAUGUGGAGCUGUGACUUGCAGAGGUUACCUCAACUGAAUUUUCAGGAAAUAGAACUGAUGAUGAUUAUAGUUUUUUCCCUAAUGUUGUUACCAUUUUUUAAAAAUAAGUAUUUGGGACUCUUUUCAUAUUAUCAAGAGUAUACACUAUGUUAAUUUACAAUUCGUGUUUCAAACUAUUGGCCAAAUGCAUUACUGAUGCUUCUGAAGAGAGUGACACAGGGUCACAUAGACUAAUUUGAAAUAUACAUAUUCAGACUAUUUACAGAUCUGUGUAGAAGUCUGUGUGAAUAGAGAAAUGCCUCCUUCGGUGUUCAAGUUUUAAACUAAUGAUGUAACAGUCACUAAGAUCAAACAUUCGACUUGCCAUACACCUUGAAUUUAGAGAAAUAGAGUUAAUUCUUAUUGGACAAAUAUACAAGUUCUAUUUUUGUUAUUGUCAUUCCU